GGCUCUGUUCUUGGCCAGCGACAGUUAAUAUCCAACCGCCAACGAAACGACCGCACGAAAAUGAAAUUCCUUUGCAGUAUACUAAUCCUCGCCAGCGUUCUGGCGGUUAACGCCAAGCCCAAUGUGCAGUUGCAGCUGCAGAGCGCCUUGGACCAGUAUCUGGUGCAUGCCCGCAAUCUGGAUGCCACCGUUUCCGCGGAUGUGACCACCCAGUGCUUCAACUUAUAUCUGCCCAUGCUGAACGAGGUGGCCGCCACUUUCUCGAGUUCCUACCAAGGAUGCAUAAGCACCGCCAACGCCGAGACCGCCAAUCUGACCGCCCAGGCCGAUCAGCAGCAGAAGAUCUACCAGUCGGAGGUCUCCAGCCUUUGCAAUGCCUUCGCCUCUUGCGACAGCGACAACGACACCACCACCUUCUUCAACUGCUACGCCAGUGCGGCCAACAGUGAUGUUUCUGUGUUCUACGACAUUGCCACCAACGCCGCCAGUUCGGCCAGCUCCUUGAGCAUGGGCAUUCAGGCCAUCCAGGCCACCGAGUACCAGUGCACCAACACCACGGAGAGCAACUACGUCCGGUAUACGGCUGCCACCUACGAUCUGCUGGACAGCUGCCUCAAGUACGGCGUGCCCACCACCUCCUCCGCCGCCCCCUCGUCAUCCAGCCCCUUUGCUAGCUCGAGCGGGGCUGCUGUCACUGAUGGCACCACUACUGCUGCACCGUCCUCCGUCGCUGGAGACGACACCACUGUGGCUGUGACCACCGCUGCUCCGGCCACCAGCGCCGCCCCUGCCACUCCGGCAUCUUCUUAGGCCACCAAUUCAAGCAAUUGCAAGCAAUAAAUGAGCAUUUGAAAAACA